AUGGACAACCUUGAACAAAUUCAAGAAGCAUUGACACAAAACCAGCUCUUAGGAACUGUCACUCACAUUGAACCCUAUGAUGAACAGGUCAUCCAGGAAUUCUAUUGCAAUCUUACCAAAAACACCACUACACCUAGCAGUCCCAUGUACGGGAAGGUGUAUUUGAGAGGGUCAUCUGAGAUUGAACAAAAUGUGGAAGUAACCAGUGAACAAGUUGCUCAGGAAAUCACAGCUGGAAAUGUCAGUUUUGAAAAGAACAAGAUCAAAGUCGCUUCCUUAACAAGUAAAUAUGCCAUUCUCCAAAAGAUAGCCCUUGCAAACUGGAUGCCCUCUCUACAUGAAUCCACUGUAAAGUGGACCUUGGUAGAACUACUGUACAAGAUAGGGAAAGGAGUUAAGAUCAACAUUGGUACUAUCAUCCAUUCACAAAUUACAAACCUGGCAGAAGACACUACAUCCAAAACUUCUCUAAUUUUUCCAAACCUGAUAUUUGCUGUCUUGACUAAGCAAGGCCUCAAAUCCCAUGGGCCAAAAAUCACUGUCAAGAGCACCAACACCACAAUAAAGCUGAAAAAGGGAAGUCAUCAGAAUGACCUAAAGACCACAGCACCAAAGAACAAUCCACUUGAUCCCAAAACACUAAUAAACUACUUUGAGAGAAAACUGACAGAAUUAGAAGCAUCAGAGAAACAAAUCCUAAGGAAACACAUGGACAUCAAAGAAGAAAAAGCAGAAAUACUUGAAUGGCUAACAAUCCUAAAAACAGAAGAUGAAGACGAAAAUGAUGAAGAGAAUCAAGAGGGAAACCAAGAAAAUGAAGAAGAAAUUGGAGAAGAAAUUCAGGAGGAAAAUCAAGAUAAGAAUGUUGAAACCACUGUUUCAACACCCUCAACAGAAUUAGAAGGCAGAUCAUGA